AUGCCGUCAAUGGACUAUGCCCAAAGCAAUGGCCUUGCUCCUCCUGCCAAAGAGCUCUGGAGGCCUUCGUGCCCCGAAUCCACCGAGAUCUACAAGUUCAUGUCCCUCGUGAGCCAGAAAUAUGGCCUGAGCUUGAACAGCUAUCAUGACCUGUGGGAGUGGAGUGUCAACGAGCCUGCUAAAUUUUGGAAGGAAGUAUGGCACUUUACGGGAGUCAGAGCGCGAAGGACUUAUGAUAAGGUUCUAGACAAUGAUACGCCGCUAUUCCCCAAACCAGUCUUUUUCGAAGGCAGCCUCCUCAAUUUCGCCGAGAAUCUCCUCUUCCCUGCAAGCAACCCCGAUGAAAACUCAGUGGCAGUUAUAGCUGCAACCGAAUCUACCCGGGAGUACAUCUCGUGGAAGGAUCUUCGGGAACGAGUUCGACGCUGUGCGCUAUCUCUCCGGGAAGCAGGCGUGGUCAAGGACGACCGGAUUGCUGGCUUCGUUGGCAAUCAUGCGGACGCAGUGAUUGCCAUGCUUGCAGCUACCUCCAUCGGAGCCUUGUGGAGUGCCGUCUCAACCGAUACAGGCGUACAUGCUGUGCUGGAACGGCUGCGCCAGAUUGAACCGGUCGUGCUCUUCGUUGACAAUGCGUCCCAAUACAACGGCAAAGUCCAUCCAACACAGUCCAAAAUCGUGGAGUUGACAGCGAACCUAGAUUCAUUGCGCUAUAUCGUGGUGUUUGAAGCUGUGAAGGGGUACGAUUUCAAUAUAGAAUCGAUCAAAUCACCAAAUGGCAGGGCCAUAACUUUCUCCGACUUCCUGGCUUCCUCGCAAGAUUCGACUCUGCCAUUGGAAUUUGAGCCCCUCCCGCCAGACCACCCAGUCUAUAUCCUUUAUUCAUCGGGUACAACCGGUGCCCCCAAACCAAUCGUCCACGGUGCCCUCGGUACACUCUUGCAGCACAAGAAAGAACAUGUUCUCCAUGGUGAUAUUGGACCUGAUGAUCGACUGUUCUACUUCACAACAACCACCUGGAUGAUGUGGCACUGGCUUUUAUCUGCGCUGGCAAGCGGCGCCAGCAUAGUGGUUUACGAUGGUUCCCCCUUCCGGCCCCUAGACCCAGAAGAUGGGAAAGGGGAUAUGGCCAUGGCCCGCCUCAUUGACGAAUUGCAGAUAACCCACUUUGGGACAUCUGCAAAGUACCUCUCAGUCCUAGAGCAAUCUCUGCUAAACCCCUCCAAACACCCUCACAGACCCGUAUCUUUGCGAACUCUGAAAGCUAUUUUCAGCACCGGAUCACCACUAGCCCCUUCAACCUUCGAUUAUGUAUACUCUCAUAUCCACCCCGAUAUAAUGCUAGGUUCCAUCACGGGUGGCACAGAUAUCAUCUCCCUCUUCGGCGCUUCCUGCCCCAUCCUCCCCGUCCAUCGUGGGGAGAUCCAAUGUCGCGGUCUUGGCAUGGCAGUUUCUGUCUACGACUACACCGGCAAGGAUAUCAGCUCCACAAAUGAUGCGGGUGAUCUAGUGUGCACAAAGGCCUUUCCAGUGCAGCCCGUCAUGUUCUGGCCGCCAGGCCCCAUAGGCGAAGAGAAGUAUCGAAAGAGUUACUUUGACGUCUUCGGACCAUCAACAUGGCACCACGGCGAUUUCGUGAAACUUAACCCCACAACGGGCGGGUUGGAGAUGCUAGGGCGAAGUGACGGCGUUCUCAAGCCUGCUGGCGUCAGAUUUGGAAGCGCGGAGAUAUACAAUGUUAUCCUUAAGCAUUUUGCCUCCGAGGUUGAAGAUUCGUUGUGUAUCGGCCGCAGACGCAAUGGGAUCGAGAACGACGAAACUGUCGUGCUCUUUGUUAAGUUGGCACGACCGCCCGCCUCAUCGUCACCCUCCACUCCGGGUUCCGCAUCAUCGUCCGCGGUUUCAACCCCGGAGACGGCCAAUGGUAGUUGUCAUACAGGCCCUGAGAAACUGAUCAUGCCCCCGGAUCUCGCUAGCCGCAUACAAGCUACUAUCCGCCAGGAGCUUAGCGCACGACAUGUACCUGUCAUUGUAGAUGCAUGCCCCGAAAUCCCUGUGACAACCAAUGGGAAGAAGGUUGAAAAUGCUGUUAAACAGAUACUCUGUGGGUUGAAUAUUAAAACGGGUGCCAGCGUGGCUAAUGCGGAGUGCCUGGAAUGGUUCCGGAAAUGGGCUGCGGAGCACUGA